AUGACUGUUUUGAUUGGAGUUGUGGGUUUUAGUAAUACUGUAUGGAAUCAAAAGGUGAAGAAGAAAGAAUGGUCUACAGAUCUCUCUGAAGAAGACCCCAAGAUGCCCAACCUAAAACUUCUUGAGAAUCUUUCCUGCCAGGUUAAUGAUCUUUUAAAAUAUUCUAGAACUUGGAAAUGUUUAGAUCCCAAAUCCUAAUUGGAUUAUGCUGAACUCUUAGAACAAAAUAAUGCAGUCCACAAACUUCAAGAGACAGGUCUAAGACUCUCCCAUUGUUUCCCAUUGUGUCCCCAAACUCAGGAACCAAUUCCUGAGUGGCCCUCUCUGGCCUCUAGUGGGAUCCCAGCUUUUCAAAGCCCCAUAAAAGUCAAAGCCAGACAUCAUGCUACUCUAAACGGAGCACUGCAGUUUGCUACUAAACAGCUAAGACAGAACCUGACAAAGGGAGUAAAGGAAACAGCCUGUGCUGAAUUUUUUGACACUUUUUCCUACACUGAUCUCCAGAAGGCAGUUACCAAAAUUCUAGCUGCUUCAAUAGUAAGCAUUUCCUUUGAUACUGGUGUUGCCUGUUUUAGAAAAGGAUACAGGGGCAGGAGACGUGACUCAUAG